AUGGCGUCUCGUCGCCGUUUGCUUCUCAAAGUCAUCAUUCUCGGCGACAGCGGGGUUGGGAAAACGUCUCUGAUGAAUCAAUAUGUGAAUAGGAAAUUCAGCAAUCAAUAUAAAGCAACGAUUGGUGCUGAUUUUCUGACCAAAGAGGUUCUAUUUGAGGACAGGAUUUUCACGUUGCAGAUAUGGGAUACAGCUGGUCAGGAGAGAUUUCAAAGCCUUGGUGUGGCUUUCUACCGUGGUGCAGACUGUUGUGUACUUGUUUAUGAUGUGAAUGUCAUGAAGUCAUUUGAUAACCUCAACCACUGGCGAGAGGAGUUUCUGAUUCAGGCGAGUCCUCCUGACCCUGAAAACUUCCCAUUUGUUGUCUUGGGGAAUAAAACUGAUGUUGAUGGUGGCAAUAGCCGAGUGGUAUCUGAAAAGAAGGCAAAAGCUUGGUGUGCCUCCAAAGGUAUUCCUUACUUUGAGACUUCUGCAAAAGAAGGGUUCAAUGUGGAGGCUGCUUUCGAAUGUAUAGCCAAAAAUGCAUUAAAAAAUGAACCAGAAGAAGAAUUAUACCUUCCUGAUACGAUUGACGUGGGGUCUGGGCGGCAACAAAGAUCAUCUGGCUGUGAAUCUUUAUCAUCUCGAUUAGUUCUCAUGAUGCUCUCAAUUAUGAGCUCGCCAGUUAAUAUCUCUAAAGCUCUGUUGUAUUUCAUAGUAGUUCAAGAAACAUUUUUCAAGUCGACCACUUCUGCAAACCCACUUCAAAGCCCACUUACUCUGAAUCCCCUUCGGCCCUCUGAGCCACCAAAUGCUGCCGUCCUCCGCCGCACUUCCAUUGUUUGGUUCCGGAAUGACCUCCGGGUACACGACAAUGAGUGCCUUGCUUUUGCCGAUAUCAAUUCAAUGUCUGUGCUUCGAGUUUAUUGCUUCGACCUACGGGAUUACAGGAAAUCGUCAUCGGGAUUUGAUUAA